AUGCUCGGGCCCCGGCUGCUGCUGUUCCUCUCCUGCGGGGGUGCCCUGCUCAGCGCCGGUCUGGACGACAGCUCCUUGGUGCCCCCAGGCCUCCAGAGGCUGAAGGACUCCCCGCAGACAGCUCCAGACAGGGGCUGGUGCUCCACAUGGGGGGCCAGCCACUUCUCCACCUUCGACGGCCACGCGUAUGAUUUCUCGGGGACCUGCAACUACAUCUUUGCGGCCAUGUGCAAGGAUGCCUCGUCCACCUUCAGCGUGCAGCUACGGCGAGGGCCGAGCGGGAACAUCUCCCGGGUCAUCGUGGAGCUGGGGGCCUCUGUGGUCACUGUGGAGAAGGCGGUCAUCUCCGUCAAGGACGUGGGGGUCAUCAGCCUGCCCUACACCAGCAACGGGCUCCAGAUCACACCCUUUGGCCAGAGCGUGCGGCUGGUGGCCAAGCAGCUGGAGCUGGAGCUGGUGGUCAUGUGGGGUCCGGGCACCCACCUCAUGGUCCUGGUGGAGAAGAAGCACAUGGGCAAGAUGUGUGGGCUGUGUGGGAACUUCGACGGUGAGAAGACAAAUGAGUUUCUGAGCGAGGACGGCCAACUCCUGGAACCCCCUAAGUACGCCGCCCUCCAGAAGCUGGAUGACCCCAACGAGAUCUGUGCCUAUGAGGCCAUCCCCAGCCCCCGGGUCCUGCAGGCAGGGAACGCCCAGACCUGCAUCCAGCUGCUGACCCUGGUGUCCCCCGAGUGCAACGUGCCCAAGGAGCCCUUCCUGCUGAGCUGCCAGGCGGACAUGACCACGUGUGCCCAACCCGGCCGGCACAACUGCAGCUGUGCCACGCUAUCUGAGUACUCGCGCCAGUGCAGCAUGGCCGGCCAGCCCGUCAACAGCUGGCGGGGCCCUGGCCUCUGUUCUGUGGGCCAGUGCCCAGCCAACCAGGUGUACCGGGAGUGCGGCGAGACCUGCGUGAGGACCUGCUCCAACCCGCAGCACAGCUGCUCCAGCUUCUGCACCUUCGGCUGCUUCUGCCCGGAAGGUAUGGUUCUGGACGACAUCUCCAAAAACCACAGCUGCGUGCCUGUCCCCCAGUGCCCCUGCAUGCUCAGCGGGGUGGUCUACGCCCCUGGGGAGGUCACGACAGCCGCCUGCCAGACCUGCCGGUGCUCCGGGGGCCACUGGGAGUGCGUGGAGCGGCCCUGCCCCAGGCGCUGUGCCCUGGAGGGCGGCUCCUUCGUCACCACAUUCGACGCCAGGCCCUACCGCUUCCACGGCACCUGCACCUACAUCCUCCUCCAGAGCCCCCAGCUCCCCGACGGGGGCUCGCUCAUGGCCGCGUACGACCAGUCUGGGUACUCACGCUCGGAGACAUCACUGGCCGCUGUCAUCUACAUGUCCAGCCAGGACAAGAUUGUGAUUUCUCAGGACGAGGUGAUCACCAACAACAGGGACACCAAGUGGCUGCCGUAUAAGACUCGCAACAUCACAAUCUUCAGGCAGACAUCCACCCACAUCCAGAUGGUCACCACCUUCGGGCUGGAGCUCGUGAUCCAGCUGCGGCCCGUGUUCCAGGUGUACAUCACUGUUGGGCCCCAGUUCAGAGGCCAGACCAGAGGGCUCUGCGGCAACUUCAACGGGGACACGACGGACGACUUCACGACCAGCAUGGGCAUCGCCGAGGGCACCGCCUCGCUCUUCGUGGACUCCUGGCGGGCAGGAAACUGCCCAGCCGCGCUCGAGCGUGAGACCGACCCCUGCUCCAUGAGCCAGCUCAACAAGGUGUGCGCGGAGACCCACUGCGCGGUGCUGGUGAAGAAGGGCACGGUGUUCGAGAAGUGCCAUGCCGCCGUGGACCCCAAGCCCUUCUACAAGAGGUGCGUGUACCAGGCCUGCAACUACGAGGAGACCUUCCCGCACAUCUGCGCCGCCCUGGGCGACUACGCCCUCGCAUGCACCUCGCGCGGCGUCCUGCUCCAGGGCUGGAGGAGCAGCGUGGACAACUGCAGCACCCCUUGCACAGGCAACCAGACGUUCAGCUACGACAGCCAGGCCUGCGACCGCACGUGCCUGUCGCUGUCCGACCGCGAGGUUGAGUGCCACCCCAGCGCCGUGCCCGUGGACGGCUGCAACUGCCCCAAGGGCACCUACCUGAACCACAAGACCGAGUGUGUGCGUAAGGCCCAGUGUCCCUGCCUCCUGGACGGCUCCAAGUUCAUCCUGGCCGACCAGUCCACCAUGGUCAAUGGCAUCAUCUGCUACUGCGUCAACGGGCGGCUGAGCUGCCCGGCACAGCCUCAGAUGCUCUUGGCAACCUGCUCGGCCCCCAAGACGUUCCAGUCCUGCAGCCGGUCCUCGGAGGACAAGUUCGGGGCGGCCUGCGCCCCCACCUGUCAGAUGCUGGCUACCGGCACCCCCUGUGUGCCCACCAAGUGUGAGCCUGGCUGUGUCUGUGCCAAGGGGCUCUACGAGAACGCCAACGGGCAGUGUGUGCCCCCCGAGGAGUGCCCGUGCGAGUUUGCAGGCGUCUCCUAUCCCAAGGGCGCCGAGCUCCACACGGACUGCAAGAGCUGCAUCUGCUCUAGGGGGGCAUGGACGUGCCAGCAGAGUGCCCACUGCCCAUCGACCUGUACCCUCUACGGGGAGGGCCACGUGGUCACCUUCGACGGGCAGCGCUUCGUGUUUGAUGGCAACUGCGAGUACAUCCUGGCCACAGACAGCUGCAGUGCCAGCGACUCGCAGCCCACCUUCAAGAUCCUUACAGAGAAUGUCGUGUGUGGGAAGUCAGGCGUCACCUGCUCGCGGGCCAUCAAGAUCUUCCUGGGGGGCCUGUCCAUCGUGCUGGCGGAUAGGAACUACACGGUCAGCGGGGAGGACCCCAGCAUGCACUUCCGGGUCAAGGCCAGCUCCCUGCACCUGGUGCUGGAUGCCACCAUCAGCAGCAUGUACCACCUGACCCUCAUCUGGAACAAGCACAUGACCGUCUUCAUCAAGAUCGCCCGUGCCUCCCAGGACGCCCUCUGCGGCUUGUGCGGCAACUACAACGGGAACAUGAAAGACGACUUCCAGACACGCAGCAAGUACCUGGCGUCCAGCGAGCUGGAGUUCGUGAACUCCUGGAAGGAGAGCCCGCUGUGCGGGGACACCACCUUCACGCUGGACCCCUGCAGCCUCAACACCUUCCGUCGCUCCUGGGCUGAGCGCAAGUGCGGCAUCAUCAACAGCCAGACCUUCGCCGCCUGCCACGGCCAGGUGUACCGCCUGCCUUACUAUGAGGCCUGCGUGCGCGACGCGUGUGGGUGUGACGCCGGCGGGGACUGCGAGUGCCUGUGUGACGCCGUGGCCGCCUACGCCCAGGCCUGCCUGGACAAGGGCGUGUGUGUGGACUGGCGGUCCCCAGACUUCUGCCCCAUCUACUGCGACUUCUACAACACCCACACGCAGGUGGGCGGCGGCAAGUACCAGUAUGCCCAGGAGGCCAACUGUACAUGGCACUACCAGCCAUGCCUCUGCCCCGAGGGGCCACGGAGCGUCCCGGGCGCCAACAUCGAAGGCUGCUACAACUGCUCCCAGAAUGAGUACUUCGACCACGACAAGGGGAUGUGCUUGCCAUGCAGUAAGCUCACAGCUCCCUACCCCACAACAACAGCAUAUGCGCCACACUCAGGCUUGCCUGGCACAGAAACCAGGCCCACCACAGCCAUGGCCAGCACCACAGUGACCCCCAGCACCACUGGGCUGAGCUCCCCCAGACCCUCGCCAAGCUCCCCGGCCACACCUGAGGCCCCGACCCGGACACCCAGCCCUCCGGCCACAGCCACAGCCCCCACCACCCGGACACAACCAACAUUCUCCUCAGGAGAUUCGUCUCGAACCACCUCCACCGUCACCACACGGGCCACAGCAGCGCCGACCGCCACGGCCACUCGAAGGUCGACAGCCACAGCACCCACCGUGACCCGGGCCACAAUGCGGCCCACAGGAUCCUCCCCCAGCACAGCCACGCGGUCCACAGCUCGGUCCACGGCGCGAACCACAGCAGCCCCGCCAACCCCGGCAACAUCAGGGACCUCCACAGUGUCCCCCGCAACACCCAAGCCCCCACCCACCACGGCCACCCCCACCAAGGGAGUCCACAGGCCCCAGGGGAGGCCAGGGCUCCAAAAGGCCCCUGACCCAAGUGCAGGCCCCGACCCUGGGGCAGGGCCACAAACCUCCGAUUCCCCUGACAGCAGGCGAGAAGAGAAGCCCUUUCCCGAGGCCAGUGGCAGAAACAGAGCCCACACCCAGAACCCCGCCACGGACAAAGACCACAACAGAGACUGCCACACCCACAGCCCCACCACUGACAGAGACCACAACAGGGACUGCCACACCCAGAACCCCGCCACUGACAAAGACCACAACAGGGACCACCACACCCACAGCACCGCCACUGACAAAGACCACAACAGGGACCGCCACACCCAGAACCCCGCCACUGACAAAGACCACAACAGGGACCGCCACACCCACAGCCCCGCCACUGACAAAGACCACAACACGGACCGCCACACAGAGAACCCCGCCACUGACAAAGACCACAACAGGGACCACCACACUCACAGCCCCGCCACUGACAAAGACCACCACACCCAGAAACCCGCCACUGACAAAGACCACAACAGGGACUGCCACACCCAGAACCCCGCCACUGACAAAGACCACAACAGAGACCGCCACACCCACAGCCCCACCACUGACAAAGACCACCACACCCAGAAACCCGCCACUGACAAAGACCACAACAGGGACUGCCACACCCAGAACCCCGCCACUGACAAAGACCACAACAGAGACUGCCACACCCACAGCCCCGCCACUGACAAAGACCACAACAGGCACCACCACACCCAAAACCCCACCACUGACAGAGACCACAACAGGGACCGCCACACCCACUGCCCCGCCAUUGACGAAGACCACGACAGGGAGCACGCAAGCCCAGAACUCGGUCAGCACAGCCACAACCUCCACGGCCCCGGUAUCACACUUUACUUCAAAUGCCCUCCAUGUAACCACAUCCCCACCAUUCACCACCAUCUCCCCUCCAUCCACGGGAACACCCUUCCAGACCACUACCACCUACCCUACCACAUCACACCCAGAGACCCUCCCCAUCCAUGUGUCAACAUCUGCCACUUCUUUGGUGACUCCAACCUCUCACCGAGUCAUCACCCCAACAAGGUCCCACACUACCUCCACCACUCCAAAGCCAACUGGCACCCCAGCCACAUCAACACACGUCCCUGUCACAGAAACAGAGCCCACACCCACAGCCACACCAUUGACAAAGACCACAACAGAGACCACCACACCCACAACCCCGCCACUAACAAAGAGCACAACAGGGACCGCCACACCCACUGCCCCACCGUUGACGAGGUCCACGACAGGGACCACACGAGCCCAGAACUCGCCAACUGGCAUGCCACCCACAUCGACACACGUCCCUGUCACAGAAACAGAGCCCACACCCAGAACCCCUCCACUGACAAAGACCACAACAGGGACCGCCACACCCAGAACCCCGCCACUGACAAAGACCACAACAGGGACCGCCACACCCAGAACCCCGCCACAGACAAAGACCACAACAGGGACCGCCACACCCACAGCCCCGCCACUGACAAAGUCCACAACAGGGACCACCACACCCAGAACCCCGCCACUGACAAAGACCACAACAGGGACCGCCACACCCACUGCCCCGCCAUUGACGAAGACCACGACAGGGAGCACGCAAGCCCAGAACUCGCCAACAGGCACCCCACCCACAUCGACACACGUCCCUGUCACAGAAACAGAGCCCACACCCACAGCCCCACCACUGACAAAGACCACAACAGGGACUGCCACACCCACAGCCCCGCCACUGACAAAGACCACAACAGGGACCGCCACACCCAGAACCCCGCCACUGACAAAGACCACAACAGGGACCACCACACCCACAGCCCCGCCACUGACAGAGACCACAACAGGCACCGCCACACCCAGAACCCCGCCACUGACAGAGACCACAACAGGGACCGCCACACCCACAGCCCCGCCACUGACAAAGACCACAACAGGGACCGCCACACCCACAGCCCCGCCACUGACAAAGACCACAACAGGGACCGCCACACCCAAAACCCCGCCACUGACAAAGACCACAACAGGGACCGCCACACCCACAGCCCCGCCACUGACAAAGGCCACAACAGGGACCGCCACACCCAGAACCCCGCCACUGACAAAGACCACAACAGGGACCGCCACACCCACAGCCCCGCCACUGACAAAGACCACAACAGGGACUGCCACACCCACAGCCCCGCCACUGACAAAGACCACAACAGGGACUGCCACACCCAGAACCCUGCCACUGACAAAGACCACAACAGGGACCGCCACACCCACCGCCCCGCCACUGACAAAGACCACAACAGGCACCGCCACACCCAGAACCCCACCACUGACAGAGACCACAACAGGGAGCGCCACACCCAGAACCCCAACACUGACAAAGACCACAACAGGGACCGCCACACCCAGAACCCCGCCACUGACAAAGACCACAACAGGGACCGCCACACCCACAGCCCCGCCACUGACAAAGACCACAACAGGGACCGCCACACCCACAGCCCCGCCACUGACAAAGACCACAACAGGGACCACCACACCCACAGCCCCGCCACUGACAAAGACCACAACAGGGACCGCCACACCCACAGCCCCGCCACUGACAAAGACCACAACAGGGACCGCCACACCCAGAACCCCGCCACUGACAAAGACAACAGGGACCGCCACACCCACAGCCCCGCCACUGACAAAGGCCACAACAGGGACCGCCACACCCAGAACCCCGCCACUGACAAAGACCACAAUAGGGACCGCCACACCCACAGCCCCGCCACUGACAGAGACCACAACAGGGACCGCCACACCCAGAACCCCACCACUGACAGAGACCACAACAGGGAGCGCCACACCCAGAACCCCACCACUGACAGAGACCACAACAGGGAGCGCCACACCCAGAACCCCGCCACUGACAAAGACCACAACAGGGACCGCCACACCCAGAACCCCGCCACUGACAAAGACCACAACAGGGACCGCCACACCCAGAACCCUGCCACUGACAAAGACCACAACAGGGACCGCCACACCCACAGCCCCGCCACUGACAGAGACCACAACAGGCACCGCCACACCCAGAACCCCACCACUGACAGAGACCACAACAGGGAGCGCCACACCCAGAACCCCGCCACUGACAAAGACCACAACAGGGACCGCCACACCCAGAACCCCGCCACUGACAAAGACCACAACAGGGACUGCCACACCCACAGCCCCGCCACUGACAAAGACAACAGGGACUGCCACACCCACAGCCCCGCCACUGACAAAGACCACAACAGGGACCGCCACACCCAGAACCCCGCCACGGACAAAGACCACAACAGGGACCGCCACACCCACAGCCCCGUCACUGACAAAGACCACAACAGGGACCGCCACACCCACAGCCCCGCCAUUGACAAAGACCACAACAAGGACCACCCGAGCCCAGAACUCGCCAGCAACCCCACCUCCUCAGCUCUGUCCUCUCGGUCCACUACCUCACAGCCCACCUCUCUCAUGACCCGAGCCCCCACGCAGGGCCUCCUGUCUUCUACCCUGGGGGUGACAGCCAUCCCGAAUUCUCCAGCCACCAACCUCACCACCAGACAGCCAAGUACCACCGGGCUGCCGGCCACCGUAUUCCUGACCAGCUCCAUCACUGUGCGUGGAAGCUCCUCCUUGCCCACUGCCGGGUCCUUUUCCACCGGGGGCCAGUCCACCUCCUCUCUCAUCACGUCUCUACCCAGCUCUCCAGGUACGGAGCCCAGCAGACCAGAAACACCUCUGCCCACAGGGACCUGCAGCGUGAGGGAGUUUGAGGAAGAGGUCACUUACCAGGGGUGCACGGCCAACGUGACGGUGACCCGCUGCGAGGGCGUCUGCGCCUCCUCAGCCAGCUUCAACACCGACACCACGCGAGUGGACACCAAGUGUGGCUGCUGCCACCCGCUCAGCUCCCACGAGAAGCAGCUCGUGCUGCCCUGCCCGGACCCCAGGGUGAGGGGACAGCGGCUGACGCUCACGCUGCAGGUAUUCGGCAGCUGCACGUGCCGCUCCCAGCGCUGCAGAGACUAGAGACCUGGCCCCGGGAGUGAGGACCAA